CUCGCUUCUUUGAUAACAGGGUACCCGUGGCUAGGUAUAUAAAGGGAAGGAUAUGUGAGAUGAAGUAUCAGUGGUGGUGUUGUGACGCCACCAUGACCACCUCGGCAGCUCUCAUCGUCCUCGCCCUGGUGGCGGGUGCUGGUGCAGCACCGUUCGGAGGAGAUACAGCCGUGUGCUCCACGGAAUGUCCCAUCGCCGGCUCCCCGAAACUCUUCUACCAACCAGGAAAAACCUACACCUAUGAGUACUCCGGGAAGUCCAGGAUCCAGCUUAAAGGAGUGGAAGGUGGACUGACGGAGACGGAUUGGUCUGCACAAGUUGAACUAUCAUGGAUCACUCCUUGUGACAUGGUCAUCACUAUGAAAGACUCUAAGACAGACGGUGCCACUGUCCCAGGCGCAUCCAGGUUCCUGGAGAGGUACCCACUGGUGGUGGCGGUGACCGACGGCAAGGUUCAGCACGUGUGUAGUCAUCCUGACGACGACACCUGGUCCAUCAACCUUAAGAAGGGUGUUGCCUCAGCCUUCCAGAACUCGCUCCCUUCUAACUCUACCAUCAAUUCGGGACAAAAUAUUACAGAAACAGACGUAGUGGGAAAGUGUCCAACGAGGUACGAAGUAGAGGAUCAUGGAGACACAGUUAUUAUGAUAAAGGAGAAGAAUCACAGGCAGUGCAAGGAGCGCUACCACACUCCUGCUGAGAACCCGGCGCCCUGGCUCAGAGGUCCUUUCAUAACGGACGAAUCCACGUGUAUGUGCAAACAAGAGGUUAGGAAUGGAAUCUAUUCCGCCAUCACCUGCGAAGAUAAAAACGUAGUCAAGCCCAGUUAUGGUGCCUACAAAUAUGUUGAAGCCAAAAUGAUGUCAACUCUGAAAUACCUAUCAGAAUCCAGUGAACAUUCAUCUGAUAUCCUUGAAGGUAACAUGGUCCGCAAGAGUCUACUGUAUGACUAUCAUACUCCUAAGAAGGACCCAUCCAUGGUAACUCAGUUGGACAGGAUCAUGAGCCAGAUUUGUAGGAAGACUAGAGAUAAUGUUGAACGUGAUGUUGCUGCCCUUGUGGCCAGGGCCAUACAGUUCCUACGUAUGGUGCCUGAGGAAGCCGUCGAACAAACUUUGAAUAAAAUCCGCAGCGGUCAAUACUGUCAAGACUACAAGAAGUUAGAGGAACUUUUCUUAGAUUUUGUUUCCUUCGUCGACGAGCCUGGUGCCGUGAAAGUUAUGGUGAAGGAGCUACUGAACAGUCAUUUCACACGUGGUCGCUAUUCCCUCUACACUGCCGCUUUCUACCUAAUUCCUCGUCCAUGUAUCCAUGCUAUGAAGGCUCUAAAGCCAUUGUUUGAAUCCACCCGGCCUAUGCCAUACCCUACUCUGGCUGCUUCCAGUAUGGUAAAUAAUUAUUGUAAUCACAAUCGCAACUGUCAUGAAGAAGAACCAGUUAAGAGCCUUGCCGAAACUCUAGGUAACAAACUACAAAGACAGUGUUCUGCUUCUGAAGACGAGCAGACUGUGCAAGCUGCCCUGACAACACUCAAGGCUCUGGGUAACAUGGGUGUGAUGACCCCAGCAGUCGCUACAUCUGUCCUCAGGUGUAUGGAGACUGAAGGGGCUGAUAACAGAAUCCGCGUGGCUGCAGCACAAGCCUUCAGAAAAGCAAAGUGUCAUCGCGCUUCUACUGAGCGGCUUGUCGGUUAUGCCCUUGAUUCCAGGAAAACCACUGAAGUUCGAAUUGCAUCAUAUAUUGCAGCAGUUCGCUGUGCUGAAAAGUGGGACUUUGAGAAAAUUGUUGAAAAGAUUUCUGUGGAGCAGAACACUCAAGUUCGUGGUUUCAUUUUAAGUCAUCUCCGGAAUGUUCAGCAGUCUGAUGCUCCUGACAAAGAAAACUUACGAAAUCUUUUGACAAAUAUCGUCAUUCCCAGAAAUUUUAAAACAGACAUCAGAAAAUAUUCUCGCAACUUAGACCUAUCAUAUUUCUCACCUUCUGCGGGUGUUGGUGCUGGCCUGGAGUCCAACAUCAUCUACGCUCCAGGAUCCUUCGUCCCUCGUUCCAUUGACUUCAACCUUACCGGUGCCUUUGAAGGGGUCUCACUGAACGUAGGAGAAGUUGGCGCACGAUUUGAAGGCCUAGAACCAGUCAUUGAGGAACUGUUCGGACAUGAAGGUUACCUCCGGAGUGCUAGUUUAGGAAAAAUAUUCAACGAUAUUACCAAAUUUGUUGAAGAAACAGGAAGCAAAUUUAAAGAAAAGUUACAACAGAAAAUCAGACAAAAACGAUCCAUUGAUAUGUCUACCUUGUCCAACUUCUUCCAUAAAUUUUACGGUCAUGAAUCAAGAGUUGUCAAGGCUGAUUUGUUUGCUCGCUUCAUGGGCCAGGAGGUAGGUUUUGCGUCUAUAGCUGGAGACUUAAAGAACAUCACUCCUGAGAAAUUAGUUGAAUCAUUUUUCUCGUACUUUGAAAACAUCAUCCCGGAAAUUGAUAACUUGGACAUUAAUUCAGCCCGAAGUGCUCAGAUGUCUCUUGACUACUCCUUCCCUACUAUCCAGGGAACUCCACUCAAGGUUAAGAUGGAAGGAACAGCUGUUGCUGGAUUAAAAGUGGAAGGAAAUCUUAACCUCUUUGACAUCUUAUCUAAAACGAGGAGUGGUGAGAAGGAUAUCAAAGUUUAUCCUAGCUUGUCUGUACACGUAGAUAGCUUUGUUGGCUAUGAUGCCUACCUUGACAAGACAGGAAUUAAGAUGACUACAAACAUCUCGAGUAGCAAUGGUCUCUCUCUCAGCAUCGCGAGAAACAGCAAUCAAGAGCUGGAAAUUCAGUUAGAUCUUCCUGAAAAGAUGGAGAUUAUUAAUGUGAAGAGCGAGACAUACCUUAUGAAGAGUGUGAGAGGCAGCCCAGAAACCAAGAUCAUUCCAACAUCCAUGAGGGACAUUAGAAUCAGAAGUCACUCAUGUGUGAAUAGUCUUGAAUCCGUGUUAGGUCUUAAGUUCUGUUAUGAGAUGGACAUCCCAGAUAUCUUCCGCAGCAAUUCUCUACCGCUUGGGGCUCCGGCUGUUGCUAAGUUGUACAUCGAGAAGACAGAGUCUUCUAUGGUGGGCUAUCACCUAACUGCAUCCGUUCAGAACAAGAAAGGAAGCAAAAUGAUGGUAAUUAAGGUAGACACACCAGGAUCUUCUACGCCAAGAGAGGUCGAAUCAACUGUGUCUUUCACCAAGCUUGAUGAUUCCUCCACUAUUUCUGCCAAAUUGAAAUCUCCUGUGGUCAACAGCGGAAUCUGGGUCAAAAUGAACACUGGACAUGCUCACAAGGGUGUCGAAGCUUAUGUUAAGCACAGCUCUGGUGAGACAGAAUUAUCCCGUGGAUUCAAAUUAGAAUUAAAGACCAGGUCAACAUCAAAUGAGAAAAAUUAUGAAAUGAAUAUAUACAGCAGCCGAAAUAGGAAUUUCCCACCUGAGACACAAGUCUUCGAGAGCAAGUAUGUUCAGAAAUUGAGCGGUUCUGAAAUUUCUCUGAAUGUUUUAUCGAGAACACUGAACUCCUGGAGGAACUACGUGGACUGGAAUAUAGAAACUGGAGUGGACCUGAGGUACGCCUCUCACUCUCAGCUGCCUCUGUCAGCGAAGCUUCAUAAGACUGAAUUCCACAUGGGCCUGGGAGGCUGGCUAGUCAGUUCAUAUAUCCGUCAAACAAGUGAAUCUGGCGACAACACUGAAUUUGCAUCUGCCUUCAAGAUAGCAAGAAGGCGCGAAGACUUGCUCUCUGUUGAGGCUAGCCACACUACACAAGGAAGACUCUACGAGAACUUCGUUGCUAAAACUUCAGCUGCAGUUAAUAUGGGCAGAUCACAAUACAAGGUAUCAUGCGACAUACAGUGUGGUCUUCAUGCCAAGGGAGUGGUACUGGAAGUUAUACGUUCUGGGGAUAAUCGGAAGGUCAUAGACUGGCAGGCUUUUUAUGAUUUCUCUGGAGAUUCACCCCGAGUCAAAUUUGAGAUUGACAUACCAGCAUACAUGAGAGCCAUCAAGUUUGAGGGCAAGGCGACCCAGAACGAGCAGGAGCGCUACAUGCUUGAAGCUGCGCUCAAGCACGGAGAUCGCAUGUUGCUUCAAGCUCAAGGACCAGUCUCAGCCAAGUUUUUCCCCACGACACAACUACAAGCUGAUAUCAGAUUUAAUGUUCUAAACAGUGGACAACAGAGGUUCUCUACUAUUGUUAAAUUCACUCCUCAAGAGCAGAUGCUCUACUUUGAACUAAAAAAUGAACAAGAACCUUUGCUUUCAUUGGAAUAUGAUGUAACUGCUGAAGCCCCUCAAAAGUCUGCUAUGAAAUUUAAGCUUCAGCUGAAGUCACUAUUAGAGUAUGAAAUCAAUACGAUCAUUAGUGAAGAAUCUGUCCGGGUUAACUUUAACAACUUGCUCUUCCCCAAAAGCUCUUCCCCUCGAAGAAUUAAGGGAUACACUAAUGUUAAUAUAGAGCAAAAGAAAGUUCACGUCGAACUCUCCUGGGAUGCCGAUCGUGAUCCCAGUAAGAAAAUUAUAUCUGAAUGUUCCCUUGUGAGCAGCUCGUCAAGUCCUGGUCAUGCUUCCAUCCGGGGAAAUGUUGUAUGGAGGUCGCAAACUUACCCCUUCAGAUUAGAUCUUACUGCAACAGAUAUUCUAUUCCAUCACCAAGGAGAUAAUGGAUUUAAAUUGGUAGUGACCACUCCCUCUCGGAAGACUAUAAAUCUGGAGGUAAUGAACAGAAUGGAAAUACAGAGGAGAGCUUUCAAGACAGACUUGAGUGUUCACUACAAUAACUUGGAGAAUGAGGACUACAUUCUUGAAACUGGAGCGAGCUUAGAAAACCUUGGUAAUCCAUACAGUUACAAGGGUGAUUGUCACAUGAGCAUCACAUCACCACGAGGACAGGAAACAGCUAUAAGAGCAGAAGGCAAGCACCAAUCAACGUCUCAAGGGCGAGUUAUUUACUCCAAGGUUGUAGCGUCUGCUCCGAGUACGAGGAAGCCUCUACAGGUGGAAUUUCAGUCAUCCAGCAGAGAUAACUCUUACAACAUCCAAUGGAAGGCGGACAUGGACACUCCGGGCACCAUGUUCAAGUGGGACUUAGAGACUUACCCGGAGGGAGGAGUGAGAUCUUUUGAUUCCGCGAUUGACGUCACAGCCAUGCGUGAUCUUCUGAAAACUGUCCUCAGUAUUGUUGAAAGUCAAGAAAGAGGACUUAAAAAAGGUAUAGACUUUAAAAAAGAAAGAAAAUACAAGGAAAGAAAAAAUAAUGAAGAAGGAAGUGAUUAUGGACAAGAAGAUGAUGAACAAGGAAGAGAUUAUGAACAAGGAAGAGAUUAUGAACAGGGAAGAGAUUAUGAACAAGGAAGAGAUUAUGAACGGGGAAGAGAUUAUGAACGGGGAAGAGAUUAUGAACGGGGAAGAGAUUCUGAAGAAGAAAGAUAUGAACAAAGGGAAGAUUCUAGACGAAGACAAGAUUACGAAAACAGAGGAGAUUCUGGGUCUGGGAGAGAUUUUGGGCAUGAGAGAGAUUUUGAUAAAGAAGACUAUGAACAAGGUAGUUCUGAACGAAGAGGCCAUGAACGAGGAAGAUCUGGACAAGUGGACCUUGGACAAGACGACUUUGGGGAACGAAGAGGAGACUAUGAAGAAGAUGACUUUGAGGAAGGAAAAGGCUAUGGACAAAGAAGAGGCACUGAAGAGAGAGAAAGAUACCGCUACCGAUAUCAUAAACCCACACCUAACACCUAUGCCAUGGUAUUCAAGUCUCCAUCUCACACUCUCGAGGGUGAAGCUGAGUACUCUCCUUCUAAGACAGGUUUCAAGUUCUAUCCCAACAAAAAAAAGAGUGAUGCCAAAUACGAGAUUUCUGCCAAGUCUUUCUACGAUCAGGAGGAUGAACAGUAUAAGUACGAAGGCCACAUUAGUCAUCCAAGUCUGAGCAAAGAUUUGCAAGUUGAAGUUAAGUUCUCAGGCAGUGGAGAGUACAUGAGAGGCUCCAUUAAGCUUGACAUCUUCCCCGAUAAAGCAGACGAAAUUUCAGGUACUCUACAGUCAUCCAAGAUCGCCAACAACACCGUCCGGAUUGAGGCAUCAUUAACUACUAGGGUACUGAGAGUUCACCCCAAGGUCACCGUAAUGGCAGCUUAUUCUCAAAAUACGACUGGUUUUGAUGUGCAGUUCCGGAAGACUCCCUCUUCACCUGUAUCCUUCCAAGUGUCGGCUCUGUACGACCGAAUCCCUACUGGAGAUGCAACAAUGACUUUCCGUGUAAUAAACGAAGAACAUGCCGUAGUGGACAUUGCUGGUGUAGCGAAGUCAGACGAAGAUCCUGAGUGUUACGGCUUCAAGGUCAAGGCUGUGGCUCACGCUUCUCCUCUGGGAACUUACGACAUUCAUUCCAAAUUCUGUAAACCACUCUUCAUCGCAGUGACAACCAACAAGCAAGGUACUGAGAGGAUUUACGUCACAAGGUUUGGAUUGCAGAGUCCCAAAAAUAUUGAGGCUAGUAUAUCUAUGGCUAGUGGCGACUGGAAAAAGGAGCAUCCCAUUGUUAUGGCUCGCAUGAAGCUUGAAUCUCCUAUAGAGCUCAAAGUGGAAGGCGCUUACAGAGAAGAAGAGGCAAACAUGAUAAAGGAAGCUGUAAAGGAUGACUUGGAACAGCUAAUGGAAUCCGCUAGGUCAUGGGGCGACAAUAUUUACCGCUACCUGGAGGAGGAAGCUCGGAGUGCACGGGUUCCCUUCCCUAACCCUGAGAUUUUGAGACUCGUAGAAGAAACCAAACGAGAGUUGCAGCAACUGCACGAGGACUUAUAUGAUGGAGUUAAGUCUCGGUACGAGGCAAUGGGUGAAUUCUUCCGGGAUCCCAGAGUCUCGUUCAUCCUGAGAGUGUAUUCCCGCGCGUGGUCAGGAAUGGCGAGCUUCCAGAUGGACCUUCAGACUCGUCUGACACAAGUGGCAGUGGCAUGGCAAAGAGAAUUCCGAGGCUUUAUGGAGACGGCAAUGGAUGUGGUCACACAGACUGUACGUUGGCUGCAGACCGGCCAAAUUCCUGGGCCAGUGCGUCGUCUGAUAGAAGAGACGCCGUUCCUCAAGGCGCUCAAGAGAGACGUCGAUGCCCUAAUGUCGCGAUAUCCGGAGGAGUAUGAUGCCAUUCGGCAGGUCGUGAGUAAAGUUAUUGAGGCUCUUCGUGAGGACCUUCAUAAACUGAGGGAGAGACUCAUGGAAACACCUGCUAUACAGAGAAUCCUCUCCUGGCUCAUCAACAAUUAUGACUCUGACCACCUAAUAACUUGGGAAGUUGAUAAACUCGUAAGCCGUCUUCUUCGAGAAGCAAACUUCGUUUCCAUCAAAACUGAACGUGGUCUCGUUUGUUCACAUAUUGCACUCCACUCACCUACAUAUUCCUUAACUCAGUUGUUGCAAAAGGCUGUUCCAAAUCCGAUGUUAAUUCUUAAAAACAUGAUAUGGGCUUAUGACACAUACAUAUCAGCUCCAGUACAAGAUGUAAUUUGGACAUACUACACGUUGCUGCCCGGCCAUAUGACAGAACUGCUGCCUCCUUACAACCGCACAGCCAUGGUUAUCAGUGACACAGAGAUCCUUACCUUUGAUGGCACUCUGCUCCGUGCACCUCGUUCACCGUGCCAUGUUGUCUUGGCUGUAUAUGCCAACAACAAACUUACCAUGACCCAUCCACAACCCUCAGCUCCACCACAGAUCACCUUCUCUACUGGCUCCACUACCGUUUCUGUUAAGCCAGACUUCCGUGUCGACGUCAACGGACAUGAGAUGAACAGACAACAAUUAACUGCAGGUGAUGUCUUUAUUCAAAAGACCUCCCGAGAAGUCAAUGCAACAUCACCCUUCAUGACAGUCCGAGUAUUCCGCCAAGAACGUGUGGUAUCCGUGAACGUGUCUGGCUGGACCUACGGUCGCAUUGCAGGUCUUCUGGGUACUUAUGAUGGUGAAGUUGGUAACGACUGGUUUACACCAUCGGGAAGGAACGCUUCCAGCCUGCAAGAACUGGUGGCAUCCUGGCAAGAGGACAGACAGUGUCCGACUCCUCCCAUUUCUCCCUUCGACCAUGACACUGUCCCAGCAGAACGAAUCAUUCAGUGCCAUUCUCUGCUUGAGCUUCGGUCUAAAUGCUUCCCGGUGGUUAAUCCUAAGCCCUUCAUCAAGAUGUGUCAUGCCGCCCAUAGACCUUGUGAUGCUGCAAAGGCUUAUCGCACCAUGUGUGCUAGACAAGGUAUUAGGGAUAUGUUCCCAAUUCCCUGUUAAAGACGAGAUAAUUACGGUUGAAUGAUGCUGUUACUGUAUAUUGACUUAAUGCUAAGCUAAGGAGUUACUUUUGAUUUGUAUAUUGUUAAAAUGACCCUAAAUAAAUAAGCGCAUUUCA